AUGGCGCAGGGGGCGGGGCACCAGGACACUCUGGCCGUGCCGCCGAUGCCGAAGCACUCGGGUCUGAACGAGGACCUGGUGAAGAUCCUGAGAGAGAACCUGCUGCAGCCGGAGAGACCGCGAGGACACCGCAGGUCGCCCUCCUCCAUCUCGCCCAGACUCUCGCCGCGGAACUCGCCGAGACUGCUCCGGCGCAUGCUGCUCAACAACAACAUACACAAGCAGAGGAGGUUCACCGUGGCUCACACAUGGUACGGCGUUUGGAGACCAGAAGGAGACUAG